AUGCCUACUGCAGCUCAAGCUGACAAGAUAAUCAAACCAGCACCCUCACUUCCACCCCCAUCCAAGAAAUUUGGAACUCAUGAAGGUGCAUGCAUCAGAAACCUGGAGGAGGGCAUACAAGAUACAAAUUCAGUUCAGGAUAUCGUUGACAGUAGCGCGCGUCCAUCGUGUGAUGAUGUUCUUCGCCAGUCCUUCCAUUCUGAACUCCUUACCCCCAGAAUUUCCCGGCGUGGGACCGCGAGAAUUCAAAUUGAUAGAACACGCAGUUGGAGAGACGGACCGAAUCUUGAGGAAAUCCAGCUUUCUUACGACUACAACAAACGUCUACUCAUCGUCGACACUCCCAGCAUCCUGCACGAAAGGUUCUUCGAUCAUUUGAAGGACGCCAUGGCUGCAUACUUUCUCUUCCUACCCUACGAUCGCGAGCUCAUCUCUCCCAUCCUCUCCAUGAACUAUUCGCUGAAGCUGAGAGAUCGAAUAGUUACGCCUGAUCUCACCAUGACCCUCACUGCGGUGGAUGAAGCUCCAAAAGUGGUGCUUGUUCCAUGUGUAGGCGAAUGCGGCUCAUCUGAGAACAGGGCGCAUGUCUUUGACAAAGUAGACGAUGAGGUCAUCGCGCAUCCAGAAGCCGUGUUAGCAAUCAUAGUCCUUAUCCGCGAAGCGAUUGCCUACCGGUCUCCUGAGGACAUUUCAGUCGCAUCGAUUUCACUCCGUAACGGUCGCCACAACCCCGAACCACUUUAUCUUGCCGAUUUCCUUCAGUUACGCUCUACGCCACGAGGGUUCAACCAACCAAUCAGGAUCGCUAAUCACGACUGGGCUCACCUGGCUUCCGCGGAGUUUUUCGUAUGGGUGAAAGGUGCCAACCAGGCUCGAAUUGACGUGCGCGAUACUAAUCCGCAGUUCAUGGCCCACGGCACGUUGGGGUCGGUCUUGCAGAUGGGCACUGUCAGUACUAUGCUCCAAAGGGGGAUGGAUAGGAUUAGGGACAUGAUGGUCCAGUUCUCAAAAACCCUCGAUCAUACCGGAGAUUUCUCUGCGCUGGAAGAAGCUGAUGUUAGGUUACCCUUGAACUGGAGCCUUACCGCAAAGUCUGCCCUCACCGUGGCUGAUCUUACUGCUCAUGAGCGCUAUGAGUCCUGGCAUGACGUGCGGUUCAAAGGUGCCAAACGCACCAAGUAG